GCAGCCUCCGAAGGGGUGGUGGGGGCAACAGGGACAGAAGGCAGGUCCCAGAAAGCAGGUCCCCCCAAAACUGGCUUCCCUAGCACGGAGUUAAGGCUGCAGCCGGCUGCCUAGAGAGAAGGGUGGGCAGGGAGGCAACGCGGUGAGAGCGACUGCUCUGACGCACCAGCCCCUCUCCUGCACCCACAAGCUGCUGGCCGCCCAGCUUCUCCCCGAUCUGGGAGAUGCUCGGCUCUGGGCAGCCAAACAGCCUUUCCACCAAGGCGAGGAGCCCUGGGCUCCUGACAGCUUAGGCGGGCCCUGGCUGCGACACGCAGCCCCUCGCCUCUGCUUCCUUAGCCUCUGAGGGCUUCAGACCUGCCGCGCUUGCAGCCACACCAUCUCCAACGGAGGCUCACUAGCAGGAAAUUGGGGCCAAAUUCACAGGCACUUUCCAGAAACUCCCCCACUGGCCAGAGGUUGCAAACAUCCGGAUUGGCUCUGGGCACAGUGGCCGCCUUAAGUCCUCCUGAACACCCCUUCUGCAAGUACCCCAGGCCGGUCUCCUGACCCAGAGAUGGAUUUACCUGUGAACCUAACCUCCUUUUCCCUCUCCACCCCCUCCCCUUUGGAGACCAACCACAGCCUCGGCAAAGACGACCUCCGCCCCAGCUCGCCCCUGCUCUCGGUCUUCGGAGUGCUUAUUCUCACCUUGCUGGGCUUUCUGGUGGCGGCGACGUUCGCCUGGAACCUGCUGGUGCUGGCGACCAUCCUCCGUGUACGCACCUUCCACCGCGUGCCCCACAACCUGGUGGCAUCCAUGGCCAUCUCGGAUGUCCUGGUGGCCGCGCUGGUCAUGCCGCUGAGCCUGGUGCACGAGCUGUCCGGGCGCCGCUGGCAGCUAGGUCGGAGGCUGUGCCAGCUUUGGAUCGCGUGCGACGUGCUUUGCUGCACGGCCAGCAUCUGGAACGUGACGGCCAUAGCCCUGGACCGCUACUGGUCCAUCACGCGCCACAUGGAAUACACGCUCCGCACCCGCAAGUGCGUCUCCAACGUCAUGAUCGCGCUCACCUGGGCGCUCUCCGCUGUCAUCUCUCUGGCCCCGCUGCUUUUUGGCUGGGGAGAGACGUACUCUGAGGGCAGCGAGGAGUGCCAGGUAAGCCGCGAGCCUUCCUACGCCGUGUUCUCCACCGUAGGCGCCUUCUACCUGCCGCUCUGUGUGGUGCUCUUCGUGUACUGGAAGAUCUACAAGGCUGCCAAGUUCCGCGUGGGCUCCAGGAAGACCAAUAGCGUCUCACCCAUAUCCGAAGCUGUGGAGGUGAAGGACUCUGCCAAACAGCCCCAGAUGGUGUUCACGGUCCGCCACGCCACCGUCACCUUCCAGACAGAAGGGGACACGUGGCGGGAGCAGAAGGAGCAGCGGGCCGCCCUCAUGGUGGGCAUCCUCAUUGGCGUGUUUGCGCUCUGCUGGAUCCCCUUCUUUCUCACCGAGCUCAUCAGUCCCCUCUGCUCCUGUGACAUCCCCGCCAUCUGGAAAAGCAUCUUCCUGUGGCUUGGCUACUCCAACUCCUUCUUUAACCCCCUGAUCUAUACAGCUUUCAACAAGAAUUACAACAGCGCCUUCAAGAACUUCUUUUCUAGGCAACACUGAGGGAGAGGACCAGGAUUGAAAGAAGUUUCUUCCCAUAAUUCAGUGGAAUUCCCAGUUCAUCCAUUUCCCAUCCCCACCCAACAGCCAUGUGGACUGGAUGAAUCCUCACCAUUCUCCAGGGUCAUCUUCAGAACUGCACUGGCCUCUUUUCCACCUCCUCAGUAGGAAUAUGACUCCUCACAGAGUUUUGGUGACAUGAUGUAUCUAACUUAUCUGCUAUCCCUUUCUCUGUGCUGACAGUCAUGGUCUUUGCCCGCAAAGUGUCCUUUCCUCCCCAAAUUCACUCUGGCAUGGUGAUCGACAUUGUCUUAAAUAAGUCAAACAAGGCAAAUAAGAAGGAGGAGGUAAAACAAUAUGGGCAGAUUGAGAUUGAAUAGAAAAGAAUGAACAAGUCAUGAUGUAGACCUCUGAGGGUAGGAGACCACAGUUCCAGGCUUUCUGGCACAGUCCCCAUUUCAAAUAUUCUCCUCUGUGGUCCUAGUACAUAUACCCUAAUACCGAUGGGGUAUGACCCAAGAGUUGACCACAAAGCACUGUCUCCAAAUAUAUUAAAGUACAUAGUCCUAUCCAUGAGAGCAGGGAAUCUUAGCUUUAAGAUUUUGUUUGUGGCAACCACACACACACAUACACACACACACACAACUAUGAAAGAGGCAGGUGUUCUAGCUGGCUAGUUUACUCCAAAAUGCAAUCCGUUGACAUGAAACAGGCACUGAGGGGCCGGGCGCGGUGGCUCACGCCUGUAAUCCCAGCACUUUGGGAGGCCGAGGCGGGUGGAUCACGAGGUCAGGAGAUCGAGACCAUCCUGGCUAACACAGUGAAACCCCGUCUCUACUAAAAAAAAUACAAAAAAAUUAGCCGGGCGUGGUGGCGGGCGCCUGUAGUCCCAGCUACGCGGGAGGCUGAGGCAGGAGAAUGGCGUGAACCCGGGAGGCGGAGCUUGCAGUGAGCCGAGAUCGCGCCACUGCACUCCAGCCUGGGCGACAGAGCGAGACUCUGUCUCAAAAAAAAAAAAAAAAAAAAAAAAAAGAAA